AAGUUAAAUAACUGCGUCAUUCUUAUUGUAAAGUGAAGGACAACAUCAUCACAGCUUUCUACGUAGCAAAGUUAGACGUGCCAUUCACAGACCGAUCUCCUAAACAAAGUUUUGCGAAAGCAGUGGUUACGUGUGAUACAGUGUAUUUGUGAUUGUUUGAUAUUUCAACUUUAUUUUUUACAAUGUGGUAAGAGGCGACGACGCUAACCAGAUACACGACCUGAACUGAAAUGUUUCGUCGAUUUACCUGUGUCAGCGGUCUGCUAGGAUCUGCAGGCCACCAGCGUCUCCUCCGAAAUGUUGGUGCUCUAGUGGUCAAAACACGGAACAUAACUGAAAUGAUCACCGAGGAAUUUCAAAGAGAAUGGGACACAGCCAAGCCCUACGAAGACAUGCCAGGACCGAAACCACUUCCCGUCAUCGGCAACUUCUGGAGGUUCCUUCCGUACAUAGGCGACAUUCCAGCUGAAAUAACAACUCAACAGGAUUAUUUACACAGAAAGUACGGCGACAUUGUAAAGAUGGCAGGACUGCCCGGCAGGAGUGAUAUGGUGAUGAUUUAUGAUCCAGAUGAAAUAGAAAAGGUGUACAGAAACGAAGGCUUGUGGCCUUUCAGAGACGCCUUGAGGCUGCUAUGGUACUACCGUAAUGUUGUAAGAAAAGACGUCUUCAAAGGCGUUGGAGGUCUGCUAAUAUGUAACGGAGAAGAAUGGCAUACGCUCAGAUCAAAAGUAAACCCAACAAUGAUGCAACCAAAAACGACCAAGCUAUAUGUUUCUCCAGUCGAUGCAGUGGCCACAGACUUUAUCAAGAGGAUCAGGAUCUUGAGAGAUGACAAACAAGAAAUGCCCGAGUAUUUCAGAAACGAACUAUUCAAAUGGACACUUGAAACCAGUGUGUACAUUGUCCUCGACAAGCGUCUUGGAUGUCUGCGCGAGGACCUGGAGCCAGAUUCAAAGCCGCAGAAGAUGAUUAACGAUGUACAAGUAAUAUUUGAUAGUUUGUACAAAACUGAAAUUCUGCCAUCCUUUUGGAAGUACAUUAACAUCCCUACUGUGAAGGAAUUCAUCAGGGCUUCGGACACAUUCACAGAAAUGGCUACGAAGUACAUCAACGAAGCUACCGAAAGGCUGAAGACAAUGCCGAAGGACAGCGGUCGCGAAUUGACGGUUCUGGAGAAACUGCUGGCCCGGGAUCCGAACCCUAAAACGGCUAUGGUCAUGGCACUGGAUACGAUAUUUGCUGGUAUCGAUACGACCGCCUAUGCCGCAGCUGGUGUUCUCUAUCACUUGGCGAAGAACCCUGAUAAGCAGCAGAAAUUGUUUGAAGAAAUACAUCGAUACCUUCCAGUCAAGGAACAACCAGUAACGUCGAGUAUACUCGAUGAACUCAAGUACCUGAAGGCCUGUAUUAAGGAAUCAAUGAGACUGCGUCCCGUUUUAUUUGGAAAUCUGAGAACAAUCAGCAAAGAUAUGGUUCUAUCGAAUUACAGAAUCCCGAAAAAAACGAAUGUCGCCAUUCCAAAUUGUCAUCUGUGCAGACAGGAGAAAUACUUUGCGCAGCCUGACAAGUACAUCCCUGAACGCUGGCUCAAGGUCACCGACAGAGAUAUGCAAAAGACCAAGACGACGCAUCCGUUUGUCUUCAUGCCGUUCGGGUUUGGACCAAGAACGUGUGUUGGCCGUCGUCUAGCUGAACUGGAGUUGGAGACUUUGCUAACCAAGCUAAUUCGUGAAUUUCAAGUUGAGUACAACUACGGCGAGAUUAAUUACACGUGUAAAUUGCUGUACACUCCAGAUUCGCCACUGAAGUUCAGAUUUGUGGACAGGCUUCUCAUAAAGAACUCCAUCGAGAAGUUUAUGCCAGCUACAAUGCGCACAAUAUUACUCGUAUCUUCUUCUCAUGCUGACAGGCCGUUCCGUGUUAAUUCAGACAAGAUAGUUCGUCCUCUCCGACGUGUUACUUGUACGCGCAGCAAGAGAGUUGUCAGUGUUGGCGAGAUGCUCCGACAAGGCAGAUCAGCUGUCUGGUUGUCGCUGGUCUGUGAAGGCCAGCUGCCAGUGUUGCGCAGUGUCACAGCACUCGUGUUCAACAGGGGUAACCGUACAGUAGCAGUCACUCAAGCAAUUCCUGAAGAGUGGGAUUACGCCAAGCCGUUUGAAGACAUUCCAGGGCCGAAGCCAUUGCCUGUCAUAGGAAAUGCCUGGAGAUUUAUCCCAUAUAUUGGUGAUUUGUAUCGUAUAAGGGACAAUGAAUAUCACAAAAUUCUGCACGAGAAAUACGGGAAAAUCAUGAAGAUAACGGGCUUGCCAGGUCGAAAGAACGUUGUGGUGCUAUUUGAUCCGGACGAAAUUGAGAAGGUAUUCAGAAACGAAGGACCUUGGCCGAUCAGAGAUACGGUACCAAGUGUUGUCUACUACCGCAUGAUUACAAGAAAAGAUGUGUUCCAAGAUGUCGGUGGUCUAGUUAUUACUCAAGGUCAAAGCUGGAAAAACUUCAGAUCGAAAGUGAAUCAAACAAUGAUGCAACCGAGAUCAACCAAACUGUACGUGGGACCCAUCGAUUCAGUUGCUAACGACUUCUUGAAGAGAAUCAGAAUGAUACGGGACGAUAAAUUGGAAAUGCCAGAUGACUUCGGCAAUGAACUCUGCAAAUGGGGGCUGGAAUCAAUUUCGUACAUAGCUCUGGAUACUCGACUAGGAUGUCUGAAUCCAGAGCUCACAGCAGAUUCGGAAGCUCAGAAGAUGAUAGACAGUGUUCAAGUACAGUUCGAUUGUAUGCAUAAAAUGGAAUCCGGUUUUCCGGUAUGGAAGUAUGUCAGCUCACCAACAUGGCGGAAAUUCGUUAAAGCUUCAGAUUUCUUUAUAGAGGUGUCCAUGAAAUACAUUAACCAGGCCAUGCAGCGCCUCCAGACAAUGCCAGACAACACCGAACGGGAGCUAACAGUUCUAGAGAAGUUGCUCAUAAAGGACCCGGACCACAGGACAGCAGUGGUCAUGGCACUGGAUAUGAUGGGCGCAGGCAUUGACACGACUUCAUUUACCGUUGCCACUGCUCUGUAUCACUUGGCGAAGAACCCGGGUAAGCAGCAGAAAUUGUUUGAAGAAAUACAGCGGUACCUUCCAGUCAAGGAACAGCCAGUAACUUCGAAUAUUCUGAAUGAGCUCAAGUAUCUUAAGGCUUGCAUUAAGGAAUCUAUGAGAAUGUCUACAAUUGUCGUGGGAAAUGCAAGAGAAACCGUUAAAGACAUGGUACUAGCAGAUUACAAAGUACCGAAAGGCACAAAUAUCCUGAUGCCUUUGCUGAUGUUGAGCAACUUGGAGAAAUAUUACGAAGAGGCGCACAAAUUCAUUCCAGAGCGGUGGAUCAAAGACGACCCACAUUACAACAGGGCGCAUUCUUUCGUGACAAUGCCGUUUGGAUUCGGCCCGAGAAUGUGCAUAGGCCGAAGAUUUGCCGAAUUGGAGAUAGAAACGUUGUUAACGAAGAUUAUUCGUAACUUCAAAGUUGAAUACAAUUAUGAAAUGAAAUUUGUGAGCGCACAGUUCCACAUGCCAGCUUCGCCACUGAAAUUUAAAAUGAUUGACAGAGAUUAUUAGAAAUGAUGCGGUUGAUUAUCGUCAACUAGGUAAGAACUGAAAGGAUCCAAGUCAUUCACUACGACAAACUGUGACCAAGAAAAAUCAAGACUGAGGUUUGUUCAAACAUCAUCUGUGGGCAGGUACAGUUAUUAUUAAAGAGUCGAUUUGUUUCUCUAACAUAAACUAACUUAAUAAUUAAUAAUUUUAGAAGGGUUGGUCAAUUUCUACCAUACUACUAAUCGCAAUAUCGUAGGAGACAAAGACAGUUUUGAUACUCGUUGUUGUGAGAACCUAAAAUCUCACUCGAACAAGAAGCAGGUUUAAAAAUUAAAGAAAUUGGGUAGUAUUAAGAAUAACAUAACUCCAUUCAUUUUAAACUUAGCUCUGUGCAAUUCAUUAUGCGUUAACUAAAAGCUUUUUAAAUACAUUUUAAUGACAGUCACGCUGAUAAUUUAAAAAUAAAAACAAGUAAUUAUUUGACUUUUAUUUAAUGUUCUAUUUACCUUUGGCCUUUCGACGGCAAAAUGAGCCGAAAAGCCUGUUAUUUGUAGUUCGUGGGUAACUAAUUUUGUACAGAGGAUUACACAAAGAAAACAAAUCUUUGUGUACAAUAAAACACCCUGAAGAUGGAAUUGAUAAAUUCCUCCGAAACGAUAACCACCUACAGGACUACGGCGUCACAACCCAGAACAUCACAAUGCCCGCAAUAACUUCUUUUUAUUUCAGAAGUGUGUGAAAUAGACGCCAAUUACUGUCACAGCAUGAAUGGCGUCUGAUUAUCAAGUUAACUGAAGGACUGAGUGAGGGUUGCCGAAAUCAUAAACGUCUAGACAUGUAUCUGCCUGCACAGUGUCGAAAUCCGUUGAAGCUGGCUUUGUCCACUAAUGCUUUACGAGGGACGGGCAUCAAUCUUUGACUUCAAAGUGAGCUUUGAUGUGGAACGCUGUGGUUUUUACCACCGUCAAUCGUAUGCUCUAGCGCUCACACAGAAAGUCUAAGGAAAUUACAGGGUCAACCAAAAACGUAUUUCUUUUGACUUCAAACACGCAUAAACAUUGGCCAUUCAAUUUCCAGCUGUAGAGGACAGCAAUUAUUUUACGGACUCCUUGAAGUUAUGACGCCGUACGUGUUUCGGGAGAAAUUAUCGCUUCCAUUUUAAGAGAUGGAGUGGUUAGAAACGUUUCGGAGGAAAGUAUAACUUCCUUCUUCAGGGUGGAAUUUGUUACUAACCAAUAAUAAUAAUUACACCAUAAGUUAAAACUGGUUAUUUUAUACGAUGCUGUUUCAACAACACUGGUUAUAAAUAUUAACCCUUUACAGAACAGUGGUAACUAUAUGUACCACCUACUUGAACAAUUAGUAACUCUGUAUUUUCUCCACAAUGUAUCUGUGAUUCGUAUGAUUCUCAAAAUAAACAAGGAUUAUUUCCUUAAACAGCAUUAACCUGUUGAUCUUAGUAUUGGUUGAA